UAAAAUUCUAAUAAGAAUCAUGAAUAUUUUCAUUAAGGGGCAUUUAUUUUUUUAUUAUGGGCGCAACAUUAUUUACCAGCAAAAAAGAAGAAAAACCCAAAGACAAUAAUGGGUCGAAAGAGAGACCAAUCCCGCCCCGUUCCGUACUCCACUAAACGCCGGCGCCCUCUCCCACCGCCACCCGAUGACGCGGCCAGUACAGCUGCCGCAGUCGACGAUCUUUUCCCUGAAAAUCCCCCGGCUUCUUCUAAACCACCAACGACGGUGGUUAUUCUCGGGAUUCCGGCGGAGUGUUCAGUCCUAGACCUAAAGUCACGGUUCGAGAUCUACGGCGCAAUCUCCCGCACCCGCAUGGACCCCGCCGGACUCGCCCUUAUAACUUUCCGGUCCAGAGAUUCUGCUGAGUCCGCCGUGCACGCCGCUUUCCCGAUUACCCUCCAUUCAAAACCAGUGCGAGUGAUGUGGGCAAGUGAUGAUCCGGCGCUGCAAUGGAGGAAGGAAGGGGUGUCUAAAAAAGAAGGGAAAAUGGAGGUUUUGUCAAAGCUGGUUAGGGCAGAGGUGCCCUUAAGUAGGCAUGGGAGAGGUAACAAGAGGAUGGGGUCUGCAAUUGCUAGCCCUAAAGAUGAGAAUAUUGCUAAGAGUUACACCAGCAAGAAACAAGGUGGGAUUGCUUUGAGGUUAGGGGUUCCUUUCAAGGGCAGGAAGCUUGUCACCUAUGACGACAUUCUUUAAGGUGUCAUGCUACAACGACACUAAUUUUGACACCACGACAUAUUGGGUUGUCUGUGUGAACAAAUAUGAAUUCAUAGUAACAUUGUUCUUCUUUACGUUAGAUGUUGUCACGUCGCUAAUGAUGGUUAUAGGGGGAUUUAAGUUGUAUCGUGGUCCUUAACUUAUGAUCACAAUGUAAUCGGUAGUGUUGUUUUUGAAGUUAAGACCUAAAUUUUAUGUGGGUUCCUUGUAAAAAUGAUGAAUUUAUGUUCUGUUUGG